AUGGCACCCUACUACGAUAUCAUCAGGAACCCGAGCAGCUUCGCGCGACACGCCUCAGAUGCGGAGAACUUUGAAACUCUGCUUCUGAACACCGCUGACACUGGAGCAAGCAAUUGGGGCACUAACCACUUCUUCGCGCUACGAGUUCUAUGCUCGGAACCCACCAGCCAGCUCAAACUCCUGCAACCUUAUUAUCCUGCCUCUAGCAGGGGCUUCGAUCCCUGCAUCAACAGCCUAAUCGAUGGUUAUCAGGGCGUCAAUCUGGCCCAGUUGCAGGAGCCCCAGAUCAUCAGUCGUUUUCAGCCUGACAGUCUGGGUUACGUCUGGGCAGCCUUAGCUCACCUUUUGCGCUCCGAAGAGGUGGACGACCACCCUGCGGCUGAGAAGACUCAACGGCCAAGCAACCCUUCACAAAAGGACCCGGGGAUGAUGGACUGGGAGGGCAUACAAAUAGGCAGCAGCUCGCCCACCGGACCCGGCUCUUCUAGUGAAUCUGGAUCAAGCAUUGGUUACACCGGGGCCCCUUCUGCACCUAUUCUUGAAGAGUCUACCAUCCGGCUUGGUAGCUGCUUCAUUCGCUGCGUGCUCAAUUAUGGCCAACCUGGCCUGAAGAGCUCUUCCUUCAGUCAUUUCCGCGAUGUGCGACAAACCUACAAAUUUCAACACUCAGACGUUGUACUUCAAGCAACAGAUGAUGGGGGCCUGUGCCUCUACGUUAUGUACUGA